AAGCAACAAACCGUUCCGUUUCUUUGUUCUCCAUCUCCAAUUCUCCAUCACAUUUUUGACGAACCCAACGAACCGUUGUGGAAUUCUAGACCAAAAGCAAAGCUCGAAAGCUUAUAGUACCGAAAAGGGAACAUCGGGAUAACCCGCUUUCAGCUACACCGAGAGACGACAGCAUUCUUCCCUCCCUUUCGCCUCGCUAGCUACACCAGAGAGCUCUCUCUUGUCUUUAGCGAACCCAAACAACCUUCUUUUGUAACAAUUGUUUAGUUUUGUUCAAACACCCCGGCGCACAACCCAACCUGUCCUCCGCUUUUCCCAUCCAACCCCCAAAAAAAAAAAACGGCAGCAAUGGCCUCCUCCAACCCCGGCCGCGGCGCAAUCCAAUACGCCACCCCCUCAAGAGAAGACUACAACAAGCUCUCCGACGAGCAAAAAACACGCGUCAGCGAAGCCUUCGACCUCUUCGACUCGAACAAAGACUCCUACCUCUCCUACGAAGAGUUCCGCUUCGUCCUCCGCGCCCUCGGCUUCGAGCUCCCCAAAGCCCAGACCUUCGACCUCCUCAUCCGCCACGGCCAGAAACCCCCCUCCUGGACCCACGACCAGGACUGCCCCCCCAUCUACCGCCUCUUCAGCCUCCCCGUCGUCCAGGCCAUCGCCGGCACGCUAAUACGGCAGCGAGAUCCCCGGGAAGAGCUGAGAAGAGCGUUCAGACUGUUUGACGUGGACGGAAAGGGCAUGAUCACACAAGAUGACCUGAGACGAGUGAGCAAACAAGUCGGGAACAACAUACCGGACGCGGACAUCAUCGCCAUGGUGGAGGAGUUUGACGCGAGUGGCAAGGGGGGUGUGGACGAGGAUGAGUUUUUGAGGUUGAUGAUGUCCAAGAAGUGAUUUUCUUUUUUUCUGUGCUUUUUGUCAUAUUGAUGCUUUUGGAUUGCAUGGGCUGUAAGAUGCAUCUAUGUAUGUAUGUUGUUGAUACCCAAGAACUGAAUUAUGCCCCGGUUGGCCAGCCAUCAUGGCUUUGUAAACUCGGGCCAUCUACGAUCAACCCUCCCAAUAUAUGAUGUCUACUGCCCAAUACUCACACCAUCCCUAUCCUACAAC